AUGGCAGAAAUAACUUCACAGUCGAGGGAAAAGCCAUCGCUAACCGAAAUAGUUGUCCAAGAGCCUCUUCGCGUGCCAGUAGAAGAACAACAUCAAGAAUGCGAAGCCCCAACGCAAUCUAACAAUAACCAUCUCACUUCAAAGAAGACAUGGCGCUUCUGGGCCGUUUUCCCUGCACUAUGCAUGACAACUUUCCUCUCGGCCCUCGAUACAUCCAUUCUCUCGACCGCCCUUCCCACAAUAGCGCUUGAUAUCGAUGCUGGCGAGCUGUACAUGUGGAUUACGAACUCAUAUAUUCUAUCAUCGACGGUUGUUCUGCCAUUGUUUGGCCAGACCGCAAAUAUCUUCGGUCGACGAUGGAUGCUGAUUAUCUCGGUUGUCACAUUUGCCUUGGGAAGUGGCAUGGCCGGUGGUGCAAGGAACACUGGACUUCUUAUUGCGGGACGAACAAUCCAAGGCAUCGGUGGCGGCGGUAUCAACACACUCGUGGACAUCGUCAUUUGUGACCUAGUCCCCCUCCGCCAGCGAGGUAAAUAUGUCGCGCUUAUGGCAGCUGUUUGGGCAAUUGGAACGGUGAUCGGCCCCGUCCUAGGUGGCGCGUUCGCCCAGUAUGUCUCAUGGCGUUGGGUAUUCUAUAUCAACCUGCCACUUUGUGCUGCGUCCCUUGUGCUGUUAGUGCUGUUCCUUCGAGUCACACACCCGCCCAGGAAUGGUACUGUGUGGUACCAGCUCAAGCGCGUUGACCUCGUUGGUAAUUCUAUCCUUACAGCUGCUGUUAUCUCAAUUUUGCUCGCCCUCACCUGGGCUGGAACAACGUACGCUUGGUCUUCAUGGCGGGUUCUUUUACCUCUUAUCCUAGGGGUUGGGGGGCUGUUCCUUUUCUACGCCCAUCAAAUGUCACGAUUCUGUGCUGAGCCAUCGAUCCCGCUCCAGCUGUUCUCAAGCGGAACUGGGACUUGCGCACUAUGGAUUGCGUUUUUUCAGUCGAUCCUACUGUACUGGGUUGGAUAUUUCCUGCCUGUCUACUUCCAGGCUGUACGUAGCUCGACUGCCACGCAAUCAGGGCUCUACGUGCUUCCUAUCACUGCUGCAAUCGCGCCUUUUGGCAUCAUCACGGGAGUUAUCAUCGCGAUGACUGGCAAAUACCGCAUUUUCCACUUCCUGGGAUAUAUAUUUCUCACUAUUGCCAGUGGCCUCUUCUCGCUCCUAGAUGACCAUUCGCCUGCUCGUGACUGGGCUGGCUUUCAGAUACUCUUUGGCGCUGGUUCUGGUAUGAUCUUCUCCAGCACCCUACCCCCAAUCCAGGCAUCACUACCCGAGUCCGACGUGGCCACUGCAACCUCCACCUGGGCGUUUAUGCGCAGCUUUGGUUGUAUAUGGGGUAUUGUUAUUCCAACCACUGUCUUCAACGCACGUGUCCAGGAGCUGUUGUAUCGCGUCAGUGAUCUGUCUCUGCGCACAAAACUUGCUAAUGGAGGUGCAUAUGCUAUGGCCAGCCAAGGGUUGAUGCGUACUUUGCAUGAUAGCCCGACUCUUAUGGCGGAAGUACUCAGUGUUUAUCAAGAUAGUUUACGAUGGGUUUGGUGGAUUUCAAUCCCAUUUGGUGGUAUUGGGUUGCUUCUCUGUAUACCUAUUAAACAACUGGAGCUCACAGAGGAUUUGCAUACAGAGUUUGGAUUACACAGAGAAGAAGAGUGA